AAAAGUAGUUCAGGUGAACAGAAUGGAAUGUGAAAUGUUUUCUAUUUGUAAAUUUUGAAAAUGGCGGAUGAAUCUUUGACCGAUAUUUCGUUGGAUAUAUCCAAACUUAAGGUUCCUGAUUUGAAGAAAGAAUUAAAACUAAGGGGUUUAAGUACAACCGGUAAUAAGAACGAAUUGAUAGAAAGACUACAAUCUGCAAUGAAAUCUGCUGAUGGCAUGGGCCAGGAAUCAGUAGACGAUCUGGAGGAAGAUUUAUUAAACGAUGAUGACGAUGAACAUUUAGAUGCAAGUGAGUCUGUUAUUCUUGAGAAUGAUUUGGAUGAUUCACCCAAGACGCAAAAAAGAAAAAUUGAGGAAACGACUCAUAUAGAAACAAAAAAUGGACCUCCGAAAAAAGUUAUUUUGAACAGAAAUAAUAGUAACAGUGUUGAAACUCCUAAACUCAAUGAAGAAAAUAAAACAGUUGAAUCUAAGAAUAUAACUAAUAUAGAGCCAGAAAAAAAAGUUAUAAAAUUGUCAGAAUUAAGUGCUAAAGAGCGUUUGGAGAUGAGGGCUAAGAAAUUUGGUGUGUCUGCAUUAAGUGCUGAUGCUAAAAAAGUUGUAAGAGCUGAAAGAUUUGGUAUAAAUUCAAAUUCUUCCAAUAUUAGUUCUGAAAAAGUUAACACAAGUGUUGAUGUACUUAAGCAAAGAGCUGAACGUUUUGGGGGAUCCGUGUCCACUAUUAUGUCUAGUUUAGAAAAUAAAGAGAAACUAGAGAAAAGAAAGGCACGAUUUGGAGUUGUCACAAAUACAAAUGGUGCUUUGUCCGACAGUGAAAAGGCUAAAAGAAGGCUAGAAAGAUUUAAGCAACCUAUUAAAUAAUACAAAUAUUUCAAAUGGUUUUUGUAUAUUCAAAUGUACAAAUUAACUGAUAGUGUUAAGAUUAUUUUAUUAUAAUUGAUACUGUUAACAUUUCCAUAUUUUUUUUUGAGGUAACACGGAUUUUAGUUUCAGUUUUACGAUUUGAAUAUUCAUAACACUUUUUUUACAUAUGUAAGAUGUAUACAUGUAAUGUUUUAUUUUAAAUUUAAUAAGAAAAUUAAGAAC